AUGAAGUUCGAGGACCUGGGUCAGGGCUUCAAGUGCCCUCAGUGCGCCGCGCCGCGCCGGCGUUUCGCGCGGAAGCUGGGCGACAAGAUCGGCACGACGCUGGAUGGCGGCGAUACACCCAUCCUGAUUUUCACCGCCGUUUGCUUGCUGAUCGUCUUGGCCAUCGCCUAUUAUAGCCUCCAGUAG